GUCGCAACACCUGUUUGUUUCAAGUGUCAUUUUCAAUCGAGAAUUCAUUGUGGGGGUUUGAUGUUAUAACUCAAAAUUACUCGCUUCGUUUGGAUUUAUGAAAUUUGCGAAUAGGCUGUGUUAAUUUCAUCUAAUUUUGCAACUCCCAGCACCGGGUCUUUCGGGUCUCACUUCAACUCGCCCAUUUCGGCUGUUGACGUCUCGCUGGAAGAAUGUCUGGAAAAGUCAGAGCUCGAACUGCUGCAAAUACUGCAGAUUCUGCCACGUUGACAGUAAAUGAACGAAUAUUGAAAGAAUGUCAUACCUUGUAUGCUGAUCCUGACAAUGGUUUAAUUCGAAUAGCUGAGAAUCUUGAUCUAAGCUUGUUGGCGCCGAGGAAGAAAAUAUCUGUACUGUUGAUUGGAAAUCAUUCAGCUGGGAAAAGCUCUUUCAUCAAUUGGUAUAUAGAGGAACAUGUACAGCGAACAGGUGUGGCCAUUGAAACCCAGGGGUUCACCUUUGUCACGAGUGGUCGAAAGAGGGAGACCCUUACAGGCAAUGCCACGCUUCAUCUCUACCCUCAUUUUGAGCCGCUCAGACAGAUCAAAGGUGUUACUGACUACAUGUCGACAGAACUAUCUACAUCGAAACAAAAGAAAUUCAGCCUGGUGACUUUUGUUGACUCGCCUGGCCUUGUCGAUGGAGACAUGAAAUACCCAUUUGAUGUCAACGACGCGAUUGGUUGGUUAGGUGACCUAGCGGAUCUCAUCUUUGUUUUCUUUGAUCCCAUUGGCCAAGCCCUCUGCAAGCGUACCCUCAAUCUGGUCGAGACCCUGAAUGAGAAACAUGCUGAACGAAUGAGGUUCUACUUAAGCAAAGCUGAUGAGGCGGGCCAUGAGAGUGACCGACAGCGAGUGAUGAUGCAGAUUGUGCAGGAGUUGUGUAAGCGUCCUGGUUUGAAUCGGACGGGCUUCGACAUGCCAACCAUCUACAUCCCAUCACCAACUUCAAAGUCUCGGUGUGUCAAUCAGAUUGAGGAGGUCUGCAAGGAUAUUGAGAAGACGAUCAACCAGACGAUACAGAACACGCUCAAUGCCCUCGAGAAGGACUGCGAAAAGAUAGCCGAGAUCAUCGAUAGGAAACUACAGCAAGACAGUGAGAAUUCCUCGUACAACUUGAAAGCGAAGUGUCGAGGAUUCUUCCUUGGAAUUCUGGGCGUCCUGAUGCCGUUGCUGCUCUUCAUCUACUUCCUGUCGAGCGCCGCCUCGAAGAAAGUGCUCAUUGAUGUCCUUGGAAAGAAUGGGCAGGAAACACUGCAUUUAUACAUGGCUCCAGUUCGAGGUUUCUUCUCUGCUGUGCCACAAGAUUAUCAUCCCCAAGUUCUCGGCGUGUUUGUUGUUUUCUCAUUACUACUGCUCAUCAUUGCCAAGUUCUCAUCAAGGAGAGUUCCUACUUUGUCCCGGAAGCAGAAGAGAUCAUUUAUAGAACAGAGGGACUACGUCCAGAGCCAUGUCAAGAGUAGGAAGCAAUCACUGUACGGAGAUUACCUCAAGCAGAGCGUUGCCGAUCACGAUCUUUAAACUUCCCAGCAUGCAGCAGAGUCCUCCUAGAAUACAUGAGGUAGGCGGAGAUAUCUACGCAUUAACCAAAACUGGAGCGAAGGACAGUCUGCAGUAGCAUAGUCAACGAAUGAUAUUCCAUACUAUAAACCUCCAAGUUUCUUGCAUCGAGUGACAUUCAACAUACUGUACAUUGUAAACCAAAACCAAAAAAAAAUUGUGACCUUGAGAGUUGUUAUUUUUGGAACUGACAACUUUGCUUUUCCAUUUAAUUUGGUGUCAUUGUUACGUUACGUGUUAUGGUUAUAAAGUUGGUUUUGUGGCCAUUUGAAUGAGAGGGCUUACAGUAAAGUGAUUUUAGUAUAGUGUCGAGAAUUUUUCAGGCAGAAAGUAAAUAUCUCAAUUUGGAAUGGUCAUAAUGACAGACAAUUGUGCUGCUAGUUACACUAAAAGUGAAAGCACUGGUUGAAAAAAUGCAUUUAGAUUCAUUCAUAUCAGUGUCUAUACUAUAAUUACAGUAAUUACACGUGCGAUUGUCAUACAUGUGAGCAUCCUUGGUGCAUCGAAAACGUUAAACUGCUUUGUUUGAAUAAAAAGGUUGGGUGAUAUAGUUGAUGGAAGUCUAUUUUUCUAAUUUAGGUGAGUUUGUGGUGUUUAUGGUUGAGGUGACUAAUUCUUUAAGGCAGCUAUUUGAAAUUUAUCCAUUCUCUGUAGUGAUAGUUGGUGUGUAAGUGUACUACAUAUAUGAACUAAGUUACUUGCAUUAAUUUAGCACAAUUUCCGUCGGUCUACUUAAAGGCAUGUAUCAAAACUCAUAAGCUAAUCAAAAUCCAAUGGGAAAUAAAACAGGCAUGCUCCCUACCUAUAUUUGCUGAUAAGCUCAAUGAAUGAAGGCCUUUGAUGCAAGUAUCAAUGCAAGUAUCAAACCUUAGGUAGUUAUAUCAAAUGACAAAUAAGGCCAUGUUUGCUGCCUAUAUUUACAGUUAUCGGCAACGAAAGUCAUCGCCCUCAACUAAAAUGAGUUUUAACAAGGUUGUGCAAGAAUGAAUGUCCACUGAAUAAUACACAGCCCUCUGCACAAGUUUGGUUUUUAAAGUUAUUCCUAUGGGCUUGUUGUAAACCAACAACUUUUACUUGUCUCUAAUGCCCAAACUGUAAGAAAGAGGCAUGUGAUUUGUCUGUUGGGUUGUGAAGCCCCAUCUGAGGAAAAGUGAGAGUUCAGGUCUAGUUUAAUGAUAAAAGUAUCGGGCUAUUGUUGACUGAAUAUGCUCACAUUUUAUGAAGUGUUGUCUCUGUUUGUACGUGAAUCUGUAUCUUUUAACUCCGUUGUUUCUUUGACUUAAACUUCAAACUACCGUUAAAAAUGUCUAGGUUCUUGUAAGGUGCUUUAUUAUGUACAACAUUUUCAAAGUGAUUUACCUUUAUUCCCCUGCGUAAUCCAGGACCAUUCUGUCGAAACCAUUGGGAGGAGGGCACUUUAUUGGGCUACACUCAAUCAUUUCAGAGAGUGUACCAGUUGGCACCUUCUGAUCACAAUCGGACAUUGUUUCACUGUGGCACCAUGCUCAAUGUACCCUACACCAACCUCUUUUGCAUAGGCCAAAUUGAAACUCUUGUCCAGGGCAUCCUCAUUUUAUCUCUUUUAUCUUGCAAAACCAACUUUGGAUUGUUGUAUAGCUACAGAUCUACAUUUAAAUGCUGGUGCAUAAUAACACUUCCUCAUCUUUCUGCUGUUGUUUGUUUAAUCAGGAACCUAUUAUCAUGCUCUCUUCCCUCCUCUGCUGAUUUUGAAUUUGAAGAUGGGGUAUGAAAUUGUACUACCUACUGCUUCUCUCAAGCACAUAAAACAGUGGUUAGUCAGUCGGUGAUUUAUGGCUAAUUAAUCCAGCCGGUUGGAGCAUGCCGCUGACCAGCUCUGGGGGGCUGAAAUAGGGCCAUGUCACAUCAAAUAUCUCGCACGUCUCUCAUUGUCUUGUAACAAACUGCUGACUUUCUUGCUUAAUGUUCAACUGAGAUUUCAUCAUGUGUUAUUUUCAUUGUUAUUAGAACAAACUUGAUGCAUAAUAAUGCACAUGCUACUAAAGUUGUAAGGAAGUGAAUGAUUGUCUCAAGAUUAAAAUAACACUAUGAUUUUCAUCAGGUUUUCUACAAGUAACGCAUCUUAUCAUUUAAAAUUCAGCCAACUGGGCCCUUAAUUAAUUUUUUCCUUUAUUGGUGCGCCCCCUUUGACGUAUUAAAUUUUCAUAUGGACCUAUCCUGUAAAUGGUAUUAGAACGAUUGUUAUAAAACUUCGUUUUGAUUAACUCUGAAACAAGCUCAUAAUUGGCAAUGCGUCCAUGUUUAACUUGCUUUGGACUUGUGAACGGUGUUUGAAAAGUCAUGUGAUAGUCCUUUAACUUAACGAUGUUCGUGCAUUUUUGUUGCCGACGUUAAUGAUUAGACCAUUAAUUGUAAACUUAUUUAUUAACUGAUACAACUUUGUCUCCAACAUUGAUUAUCAAAAGAGUCUGAAAUUAAUUGAGAAAACUUCCUUGUGGAACGUUAACCCCUUCCCUGGUUGAAAGCCACAAGUACCAGUUUGCUACUUGAUUCCUAGAUGGCAGCACAUCCAGUAUCCAGAUGAUCCGCUGGACGUUGCUCAUUCCGACAAAUGGCUUAUCAUCAAGGUAUUUCAAUACCGGGUUCUUUGCUUCAUAUCACAACUUGGUCACCUUCAUAUGGCAGCAAACAUCAGAUAUAUUUGAGAUUUCUGGUGAAAUUGACAUAUAUAUUUCAACGUUAUUGAAACAUUUGUAAUUCUAUGCAUGUUACUUGUAGUGUUGUAAUGAAGUGACGCUUACUACAAAGCUCUCGGAAAUAAAGUGACUUUUUUCCUAUUA